AUGAAAAGUCUGUAAAAAGGGUAUCUAGAACUCAAUCAAAUUUGGCUUAGUAGAUAGUAUUAAUUUAAAUUAAACUAAGAGAGUAUGAUGCUCAUAAAAAAAGGUUGUAAUAAAAUUAAAGGAUGAGUCCACCAAAAGAUUACCGAAUCUAUGAACAAGUCAAAAAAACUUAGUAUUUAAAUAACAGAAAACGAGAACUAAUGAAAUGGUAGACAAUAUAAGAAUAAAAUGCACAAAUACUUGCAAGGCUAGCUAAAAUAAGUAAUCGUUCACCUACAGUAUUUCAAAAUUUAAAUUGGAAAGCCUCCCAGUUAGUGUGGUACUCCAAGAGGUAGAAGAUCAUUAAAAGAACAAAAAUUACGAAUAGAAAGUGAAAAUAAAAGACUUUAAAAAAAGAUAAAUGGAAU